AGUGCAAUAAAUCCGCUGUGUAUUAGUACACAUUAUAUCAUUUUAGUGACAUCAGUGUGGAUGUGUAAUGUAAAUUGUAUCGUCAGUGUGAAAGAGAGUCGCCCGAAGAGGUGUGCAGAAGGCAAAGACAAGACAGAAAAAAUAUCAAAGGCACAGUAGGAAAAAAAGAGUAACAACAACGACAACGACUACGACGACGACAGCACAAAUUGAAUUGUUGUGUGUCAUUUUUGUGAAGGCGAAAAAAACUGAAAGAAAACCCAUUUCUCAAUGUGAAAUUGUUCGAAACCAGCGCAUCAUUUAAAUUCGUCAUAAAUUGUGGCAACUAAAAUCCAAUUUCAUUUGAUUAUCAUUUUUGUGGAUAAUUUCUCGCUUAUACAAUUUGUAGUUUUGUGUGUUUCACGUUCAUAUCCAGUCGAUUUCAAUAGAAACGCAAAAAAAAACAAUACAUAUUCGAUACAAGUGUCUAAGUGGAAGUAGUGUGUACUGGAGAAAACGACGAUUUGUUGUAUGUACGACGUAGUGUAUUUAAAUUCAUAUUUUAUUGUAUGUGUAUUCUUUUUUGCCUUGGCUGGUUCGAUUGAAUCUGAAAGUGAUAAUCAUUGUGAAUACUUCCAUUGCUGUGUCGCGUAUUUUGUUUCGCUCUUUGCUGUUUGAAAUACACGAGACGAGAAUUGUUGUAAAUAAAUAAAUUAGCAGCACGGCAGUUAGCAGUAUGAUGAUGAUGAUGGUGGUGACGAGAUUGUAUGUUAAUGUUAUACUGCAAUUGCAUCAAAGUCAACAAUAAGCAAUAGCCCGUGUGUUCAACGAUGAUUUGUGUUACGUAUAAUUUUGUGCAUCGAUCUAUUGGAUACGCAUUUAACUGAAGCAACAUAAAUCGAUCGAAGUCGUUUUGUACAAGGAAAAUAAUAAUAAACUCAAGUGAAAUUACGUGUGUGUCUAUGCGGUAAAUGAAAAUAUCGAACGACGACGACGACGAAGAGAGUAAAGACAAAAUCGAAUAAAAGGCAACCGAGUGAGCGAAAGACCAAAUAAAAAGUGAAUGCACGAAAAAGAUGAAACAAUAAAAAAAAGGAAAAAAAGAUAUAAACGAACGAACAAACGCAGAAAAAACAACAACAAUUAUUACGCGUACAGCCGAUGAUCUCAUACAACAUCUGUAAUGGUGACUAAGCUCCAACACAUCGCAAAUACGAUUCAAGCGAAGAGAAACCAAACACCAACAACCACUACGACAAUUCAUACAUGUUCGCAUGCAUUCAGAAAAAGCAAUAACACUUCACAAAACAUUUUUGAAUUGAAAUUCAUCGAAUUUUUCUCUUUCUUUCUCUCUCGCUCUGUGUAAACACACGUAUACACUCCGUUUUCGUAUUUAUAUUGUUAUCAAUCAACACACUGUUUGGUGCACUCGCAGUUUAUAAAUUCAAUUAAAACGCAGCACAAACGCAAGAGGAAAAAAACGCCAAAUAUUUAUUGAAUCACAAGCGAAAAAAAAAUAAUAAAAACAACAGCAGCAGCAGCAACAGGCCGAGUAGAAAAACCGAGCCAAGCAAUCAUCUCACAUCGAAAUUCAUACGCAUAUUAAUAAGACGAGGGAGAGUGAGAGACAAAGUGACGAGUGAAAAAAAACAACAUUAUUAAAACGGACGGCAGUAGCGAAAGUAGCUGAAACGCGCUUUUGGAUCAAGAAGAUGAUAAUCGCUUCUGUCAAAUGCACCGAUUAAACUGGCUAUAAAACUAUAAAUGAUAUGGCAUAGAUGCCGUCGCAAGUACUUAGAUAGUCGGAAACGAAAUCGGAAGCAAUUUUCGUUGGAAUCGAUUUUUCUUCCUUUCCUCUCUGUCGAAGCGUGUUGAAUCGAAUAAAUUUCCUGGUGCCGAAAGAAAUUUAAUACCGACAAAAAGAAAUAAACAAUAAAAAACCAAAAAAAUUACACCGAAUUUCGCUCGCGUCACAACAUCAUAAAUAGAUAAGAAAUAAAGUGAAACAAAAACGAUAAAUUUGACGUAUCAUAUAUAGUGAAGAAGAAAAAAACAGUAGACCGUCAAAAUGAAGAAGCAAUUCCAUAAAAUCAAAAUCGCAGCUGAAAAUUUUUCAAGGCCAACAAAAGCCGAUAAGAACAGUGAAGAAUUGCUUGCAGCCGAUCGACAUGUCGAAAAAUACAAAGAGGUGCUGGAGAAAAUUUGCCGUAAAUUCGUACAAAAUCCAACCAGUAACAAUACGAAUGCCGUGGAUCAAGAUGCACGCGACAAACGAUGCAAAAAAGUACACGAGUACAAGCUUGCCCAGUCGAUGGAAGAGUCUUUGAAAGAUUUACCAGACGGUUUGCUACAUGAUGUACUAGAAAAUUGCGCAAAAUUGGAAAAGAAUAUUGCUAUGGAAAUUGUAAACAAUGAAGUGAAUGUGGAGAAUGAGGUUACCAAAAAGUUGGCUAUUAUCUUGGAAAAUCACAUCGGACGAAUUCAGAAGCAAAAACGCAUAGUGACAAAAAUUAUGCAAGACAACGAGUCGGCCAAACACAAAUAUCAGGCGGCGGUCCGUGUCAACGACAACACCGGCAAGAUAAAUCAACUGCGCGAAGAGCAAGAGGAAUGCGAAGCCAAAUUGGAAAAAGAACGUGAUAUUUGGGCAGCUGAAAUGUUUGAAUUAAUCUCCGAAGAGGAUGUCAUGGCAAACCAUGUGAUUAAUUACAUCAAAUAUCAGCAGCUGUAUUAUAAAUCAGCGCUUGAAGAAAUUGAAGACGUUAUGAAUUGCAUUAAUGGUCUCAUCAAGGGAAAUAAUCGAAAAGUAUUCAAAGUACCGCUUGAAGAACAUCUGAACACAACCGAACGAACAAUAUCGUAUGUGAUUGAAUUGUGUGUUUGUUGCUUACUGGAAAAGGGUUUAUUCGAAGAAGGUUUACUACGUGUUGGCUGUGCUGGUUCAAAACUUCGUCGCUUUCGUUCGGCGAUGGAUGCGAAUUUGGUAACGACACCAUAUCCAAACGAAUAUCAAGAUGUUCAUGUGAUUGCCUGUGCAUUGAAAUCGUAUUUACGUGACCUGCCCGAGCCAUUGCUCACCUUUAAUCUAUAUGAUCAAUUUAUAGCCGCUUCACAACGUCCAACCGAAGAACAACGUAAAACGGCAAUUCUCAACACAAUCAAUCUAUUGCCAAAGCCAAACUAUCUAAACUUGCGAUAUUUAACAAAAUUUCUAGAAUUACUGUCCCAAAAGAAUAAAACGAAUAAAAUGACGCCACAAAAUAUAGCGAUUGUGAUGUCACCGAAUUUACUGUGGUCACCCGAAACUGGUGAUGGUGACUAUGUGUCAAAAGUGAAUAGUACCGCCUCAGUGAAUACGAUUGUCGAAGCGCUGGUUUCCGAUUGGACGUACUUUUUCGGUGAUGACUUUGCGAUUAGUGAUUUUUAUGUGACAAUGAGCCGUGAUGAUUUGUUUCCACACAACGGUGGUUUUCCGGUCGAUCGUGAUUUUAGCACUGACAACAUAAUGACAAAGUCAUUGAAUAUAGUUUCGGCCGCAAACAAUCAGAACCAUCAUCACCAUCCAAAUCAAUCGGUCGGCAAUUCAAGCAUCAAUUCAUAUCAAACGCAUUCCAGAGGCAGUAGUCACGAUACUAGUUUGAUAUUAAUCGAAAAUGAAAUUACCAGCGGCAGUACGGAUUCGUUGGCAAAACGAAGCCAAUCGAAUAGUUCGUUGUCAGAUUCAAGUCCUCCGCCGCAAAGCAGUCCAAAGCUUCCGGUGCGUAAAAAGAAAGUGGCACCAACACCACCCGAUAAUCGUACGCAACGUGCGGCCGAGCAUUACUCCAAUACUAAUAGUGGGUCACAACAAUCGUCUUCGGAGUCUAUGCAAGCCAUGAAGGAACGAUUCUUGAAUUCGUGUUCAACGCCUGCCGAUGAUUCCAAAUUCAGUUCAAAUCGCUUCAUACGCAACGAAACCAAAGCACAACAAACAAACACCGUUUUCAAACCACCAUCGACACCCGCAUCGAUGAAACAAUGUUCAAGUAGCACGGAAAAUUUAUCGGCCACAAAACCAGACAAACCACCAAGGCCCGCACUGCCUGCUAUCGAUAGCCAAACACUCCAGAGGAAUGCGUUCAAAUCGAAAGGAAGUGAGAGACACAGUCGGCCAAUUGCACUGCCAAGAAAUAUUUUGAAUGUUGCACGCAGCACCGAGAAUCUAUCAACAGUUUCGCCGGUGAAAACACCAACCGGCCUCAAUUUGAACGAUGACAGUGAAAUUGUGCACUUACGCGAUCGAAGCAAUGAAAACAAUCGCAAUGAUAAGCCGGCCAUUCCAGAGCGGCCUACAUCGUUGAUGAAAUCAAAUCUUCGGGCUGUUUUUGAUAAAUUCGAUUCGCAUCAAACCAUUUUGCCCGACAGUCCAGGCAUUAAAAAAACGCAAAGUUUUCGCAUGAGUUCGACGACACCCGUCGCAAAUGCAGUUGGCAGUAUUACCGGUCGCAGUUUGACCACUCUAGAACGAACACAUAUCUAUAAUGUUGAUAAGAAGCAAGUGGAAAUCAUUGAUGUUGAUCAACAAAGCAAUGGCAAUGGCAGUGGAACAAACAGUGAGAGCUCAUCGAAUGGAAAAAAUUCGUCGUCAAGCGAUAAGGAAAAUGAUAAGGAGAAAGAUGGCGAUCAAUCGGAAAAAUCCAAUGAAUCAAACGGAGAGACCGAAUCCAAUAACGGCACAUCCGAUGGAACUCAUUUAUUAUCCACGUCCACUGGCAACACAAUGUCCAGUAGCACAACAAAUACAGGCAAUAAUGAAUUUGCCGUACCACAAUCACCGCGUUGCUUCGAGCCAAAACUUAUAAAACGACCUCAAAUCCCAGCUCCGCCUCCACCAAACGUGACAAUCGACCAACCAAACCAGGCCAGCGGCGAACAAAUUCAACAUCGCAAAUCCGAUACACUAACCGCUGAUUUCACUAAAUUAUAAGACGAACAAGAAAUUCUGUGAAAAAGAGAGAGUGCAGCUCGGAUGUUUAUUAGUAGAACAGAAAAUGAAUUUAAAACACCAAUUGAAAUUUUAAAAACAAAAACAGAAGAAGCUUUCCAGCAUUUAGUCACCACUGAAUUGUGACUUAAUGUGAAUUGUUCUAAAUUUAAAUUGCUUUAGCUUUAGCAUUAGUAUGUAUUUUGUACGCAGAAUGCAAUAUUCAAACAAAAGUUAUUAUGAGCAAAUGAACACUAUUAUCAUUGAGUGUGUGAGCAUGUUAAGUGCAUCGUUGAAAUAAUCAGAUAUUUGUUAUAAGGAAAUUUAGCUAUUCACUAAUUGGAUUCAUAUGCCCUCCCUAUAUAUUCGUUUUUUUUUCUCUUUUCUUUCGUUCAUAAGACGAAAUUAUUUUCUCCUUUUUUCGGCUUGUAUGUUGUUUUUAGAGAUAUUAUCGACCCGUGAUAUAUAAACACUGUAUUCAUUUUAUAAUUUGGAAUAUCUAAUAUUCAUUUUUUUGUUUGUUGAUCUAUGUUACACCGAAGAGCAAAAAAACCAAACACAACCAAUUCCACGCGUGGAAAAUGUGUCAAUGUUCUAUAACUCUAUUACAAGUUAUAAGUUAUCCACAAUUAAAAUCGAUUAAUAUUGCUUUUUGUAGCGUAAUUGAACAACAAUAAUAAAAGAAACACACAAAUCGA